CGGAAAGUCGGUGCCAUCAGCAGGGUGACGGUGAUGCGCAGGCCACAGAAAACAAAGCCUAUAAAUAGCACGUAUGAGCUGAUGUGUUUCCUCUCGGUGAGGUCAGACUAAAUGGUGGAGGGGUGGAGCAGGGAGGCGUUAGGACCCAGCAGCAGCUCGGUCUGCCCGGCUCUGACGCUCUGCGGGCAGACGUGCAGGUUGGAACGCCGCGCAGGUGCUGAGGCUGGAUGAGGGACGGUUCCCGGCUGCAUCAUCCGAUUUUUCUGGCAGCGGAUCCAGUCGACAUUUCUUCAUUCCAUGAUUGCUGGAUAUGCAUCACGUGUGAUUGUGAAGAUUUGUGAGGAGAACCCUUCAUUAAAAACUCGUCUCACUGCCUCCAUUAAGAAACAGCCAUAAAGCACCAUGGGAGGUGCUGUCGUGGACGAUGGAGCACCGAGUGUGAAGGCCCCAGAUGGAGGAUGGGGCUGGGCAGUGUUGGCUGGAUGUUUUGUCAUCACAGGCUUCUCCUAUGCAUUCCCUAAAGCAGUCAGUGUGUUUUUCAAAGAGCUGAUCAGGGAGUUUGGAGUUGGAUACAGCGACACCGCCUGGAUCUCUUCCAUCCUGCUGGCAAUGCUUUAUGGCACAGGUCCACUGUGCAGCGUGAUGGUCAACCGCUUCGGCUGCCGCCCUGUGAUGAUGGUGGGAGGCCUCUUCGCCUCCCUGGGAAUGAUCUUGGCUUCCUUCUCCACCAGCAUCGUCCACAUCUACCUCUCUACUGGAGUCAUCACAGGUCUGGGAUUAGCUCUGAACUUCCAGCCAUCUCUCAUCAUGCUCAAUCGGUACUUCAACCGGAAGCGUCCUCUGGCCAAUGGGCUUUCUGCUGCUGGGAGCCCCGUGUUCCUCUGCGGCCUCUCGCCUCUCGGUCAGUUUCUUCAGGACCAUUACGGAUGGAGGGGAGGCUUCCUCAUUCUCGGUGGGCUUCUGUUGAACUGCUGUGUGUGUGGGGCCCUCAUGAAGCCCCUACCGAAUCCCAAGCCUGCGGAACAGCAACACGACCAGGAGGACAAGAAGAAAGAAAAGAAGAAGAAAAAGAAGCUGCUGGACUUCUCUGUAUUCAAAGACAGGGGGUUUGUCAUCUACACCGUAGCAGCAUCCAUCAUGGUGCUGGGCUUGUUUGUGCCGCCUGUGUUUGUUGUGAGUUACGCCAAGGAGCUGGGGAACGAGGACACCAAGUCUGCCCUGCUGCUCACCAUCCUGGGUUUCAUCGAUAUUUUUGCUCGACCAACCUGCGGUGUGAUUGCCGGACUGAAAUGGAUGCGACCUCGGUGUGUCUAUUUGUUCAGCUUUGCAAUGGUCUUUAAUGGGACUGCUGACCUGGUUGGCUCACAGUCCAACGACUAUGCAUCUCUGGUAGUUUUCUGCAUUUUCUUCGGGGUCUCCUACGGCAUGGUGGGCGCGCUGCAGUUUGAGGUGCUGAUGGCAAUAGUUGGCACUGAAAAAUUCUCCAGUGCAAUUGGCCUUGUCCUCCUGGUGGAAGCUAUUGCUGUGUUGGUGGGACCACCAAGUGCAGGGCGACUUCUGGACGCUACCAAGAGCUACAUGUACGUCUUCCUGCUGGCAGGAUGUGAGGUGGUGCUCUCGGGAGUGGUUCUGGCUACUUGCAACUUCUUAUUUAUCAAAAAUAAACCCCGUGAACCGGCAGUCUGUCCGGGUGAGACGGUCACACUGGCAGAUGAUAAGACCAGUCGCCGCAGCAGCAGGGCAGAGGGGCAGCAAAUGACAGAGAAGAAGGUGCAGAAGAAGGUGAUCAAUGAGAUCAAGAAUAACGACAAUGUCCGACCAAAGAGUGUAGCAGUGGACUCACAGGAGGUGGAGAGGUUCUUAAAGGAGCCGCAGGCUAAUGGUGACAUGGCUGCUUGUCCUGAAACCUGUCUUUAGGUAGAGACGGAGGGUGCAGGUGAAACGUACUAGUUAGCAGCAUAUCCAACCCUAAGCUUUGGCCAUAAUUCAAUGUUUGAGUGAGCGAUGUGUUUAUGUCUGUCACCGAAGCAGCUGUGACUCCGCUACCAUCCAAAUGAUUGUUGGCAUGGACAGCUGUGUCGGCUUCGUCUUUCCACUCAGUGUUUUAAAGUUUGCCGAAUGGGAAAACUGAGCCGCAGUGCUGCCGUGUGUAUAUAGUUUAUAACAAAUGUUCAAGUUAUUUUUUAUGGAUGUCGCCACCAGCAGAUUAAAUUAAGGGAUAAUUUUGUCAAAAUUCUGCAUUCUAUGACAUAACAAAUGAUUAGUAUAUAUGAAUGUAAACUCCCCGAAAAAGAAACACAGUAAAGUUGCAAUAUGUAACUUUUAACAAAUAUGUAAAAAAAAAAAAAAAAAAACAUAUUUUAUAAAACUGUCAUGUGGUGACAGUAUGGGAUGAGACAGAUAAUGUGCGAAAAAUGUCCAGCUCCUCUGCCUUCCCUCUAUGAACCUGCCUUGUCAGAAACGACCAAUCAGAGUCAGGAGGAGGGUCUCAGUGCUGUCAGUCACAGCUGGUUCCCCACAACGGAGCCUGCCAUGAAUGCUAAGGCUAUUUAGCAUGGCCACCAAUGAUGGCAGAUAAAUGAUUUUCUUAGAACGAUAAAUUGUUUCUCCACCAUUAGCACAUUUAGCAGUGCAUUCAUACGGUUGAUUGACAGCGCUAAGCCCCUCCUCUGGCUCUGAUUGGUUGAUUGCAUUGAGUGCAUUUUUUCAGAUGACAAAAGUAGCUCAGGAAGUGGAGGAGAUUGAUCUUUUCACAGAUUGUCUGUCUCAUAUUGAACAGCCUCAACAUAUUGACACUUUUAACAAAUAUGUCAAAAACAUAUUUCUGUCAGGUACAUACUGCAGCUUUAAGCAGCAAUAUGGAGCAGUUUGAUUUGAAUGGAAUUUGACACAAUUACGAUGUGGCUCAUUCAGACCAGGCACUGGAGGCCAUGAGUGAUGUCAUCAGACAGUAAGGUCACCAGACAAAGAUUGUAUUGGACUCAAUCGUGCAUUUUCAUCAUGUUUCAGGCUGGGUGACUGUAUCAAGCCAUUGCCUAACAUAUGGGGCCAACUACACACACUGUUGCAACCAGAGUGUGUGUGAAAGGCUAGGCUAACAAUGGGGGCCUAGCAUUCCAGCUAGUCAGAACCUAGAAUACCUGACCUCUUUCAAACCCUGCAUGAGACCCCCAUCACAUUCCUAGUGAUGUUGUUUAGUCUGACUACAUGGCAUCCUGUCUGUCUGUCUGUCUGUCUGACUGCCAGACAUUCUGGCAGUUUCCUGCCAUAUUAUCAUUCCAGUCAGGCUGCCACUGCUGUCCUCUGGUGAGCCUCUAAACCUGCCGGCUCCUUACAUUUUAAAUCAAGUACAUCCUCAGUGCUGCUCUGGACCAGAUGACUUUCUAAUUAGACUAUUUGUUUGUGGUCCUUUACGUGGUGCUUACUAAUUCAAUAAUUAGUCUUUGAUGAAGUGGAAGGGAAUUCAUUUUCAAUAAAAGUGGGAAUAGAAUGAAAGGCUAGCAAAUCAUCCUACCUAAGUUUAGAGUCAGAUCAUAGAAGAACAAACGUAAUAUUUAAAAAGAAAGACCUAAGCUGAAUAUAAUGUCUUGCUCUGCUCCACAGUUUAAACAGCGUGUUACAGAGAUCACCAGUUCUGAACUUCAGGAGGAAUUGUCAUUUGUCUUUUUUGGAUGCAGGUCAAAACAACCUAAUGCUCCACGUUUAGUAAAAACUAAAAUAACAAUUCUAUUCAGUGCCAUGAAAAAGUAUUUACCUCUUUACAUAUUUUGCUAUUUUUCUC